AUGAGACAACAACAACAACUGAGACAACAACAACAACAACAACAACAACAACAACACAGUCCGCAAAACGAAAUGACCAGCGGCGGUGCUGAGCUCGCCAUCCCGUUUCGCAUCCUGGAUUGCUGUGCACUCGUUGGCGUGGACAUUCCAAAGCAGCUUGACGCAGGGGGCGAUGAUUGGCUGGACCAGCCCAUAUCCAAACCGGCUGUCUUGCACUGCUUCUCGGGAGAUGUGGGUAGUGCCUCAGAUCUGAAAGUCAGCUCGCUGCUGGCCAAUCAUCAUCCGGUGAGCUGCAUGCAUUCUUGA